CAUGCCCAUCCCUUUGGAAAGAAAAAGAAAAUUCACACAGACAAACGACGGCGAGAAAAAGAGCGAGGGAAAAGUCGAGAGGGAAGCGAAAGCAAAAAAAAAAAGCCAGAUGAAAGAGUUGGAUACUGAGGAGGGAGCCCACCAAACACCAGAAUAUACCCUUUAAAUCAUGCCACUGCACAAAUCAUCCCGGGCCCCUCGCCUGGACCCUACCAUGAUCUCAGCCCCGCUGGGUGACUUUCGCCACACCAUGCACAUUGGGAGAGGAGGUGAUGCCUUUGGGGACACCUCCUUCCUGUCCACUCUUGGCCCGAGCCAGGCCAGCCCCGAACCGGGUAGUCCAGGGAUCGUGCCGGAUGCUGACCCUCAGGUGGCGGUCAACCACAGUGAUCUUUACACGGAUGCUCCAGGAAGCCCACAGAACAAUGAGCUUCAGCACUCUGAAUCAGUGUCUUCGUUCACCCUGGACCUGGACCUGGAUCUAGGCCCAUCUAUGCUGGGGGAUGUACUGGGCGUGAUGGAUGGUUUGGGGCUUGACUCUAACGAGGAGGAUGUGUUCAGUACCAAAAGUGGCGCAUCCUCGGUGGGCGCAAAGCAAGGGAAAGGAGCCAUGGAGAUGUCUGUGAACAUAAAGAAUGAGCUGAACGGGAAGAACUUGGUUGGGUUGGAUGGAAACCAGGUGGGAGACGGCAGGAUACCAGAUGGGAAUGGAAUCAAGCCAAAGGGGUUACGACCAAAAGUGCGAUUCAGUGACAAACGAGAGGAGAUCAUUCGCCAAGCGUCUGAGGAGGAAGAGGGUCAAGGGUUUGACUUCCAGGAUGAGGAUCAGCUGGCUUGUCGUAGUCCAACGAGGGGUGAGAGUGAGAGGGGCGAGAGCAUAGGAGGAGGAGGUGAAACCGAGCUCACAAAUCACAAAGUGGAUUUGCCUCCUAGUCCGGCCUCGUCACAUAGCUCAGAGUAUGAAGGAGUCACCUCAUUGGACAGGAGGAGGGUCGACAGCUGCCACUCAGAGACUGAUUCAGAGGAGGAGGAGGAGGAGGAGGAGGAGGAGGAAGUAGGACGGGGCUACACAUUUGAAGACGAGUUUGAUGAUGAAAUUGGUCUAUAGGGGAUCAAAUACGGUUUCCCCUAAAAAAAAAACAGAUCUUUGCUGUCAAGUAAAUCAAGUAUACUGUAUUUUCUUAAACUCAUUAUCUCAGUAUCAUUUAAAUGGAAGGCUUUAACAGAAUGCAAACUGGAUUUUUCAAGACUCAGUGGGAGAGAUACAGUUCGACGAUGUUGCUCAACUGGAAAAUACAUUUAAUGUUUUAUCUGUGAGGGUAACAGAUUUGCAAAAGACUGUUAUUUUGCUCAGAAACAAUGUGUCAUUUAGGUUAUUACAGUGAAAGAUUUGUAGCACUUUGAUUUAUUUUUCUCCUGGAAGCUUUGCUAUGAAACUGAUGCUCAGUGGAAAGUUUGAUUCAGGCUAAAUUAAUGAUGCUUGCAUUGUCUUAUAUUUGCCAUUUAAAGCAACCGGUGUUGUGUUUACUGAGCUUUAUGUUAUAGUGCCUUAAAGGGAGCUGUAUGCUUCUAUUAUUGUACCCUGUGUCUUAUCCAUGUCUUUAUAGUUAUUUCUCAUAUUGCAUGUUUAUUAUAAGCUGCAUGUCCUCUUUUGAUGUUUAAGCUUUACAAAAUGGUUCCCAGUGUCAGAAAAUAAAGUUAUCCUGUGUAUGAUUACUGUGAAUUUGUCACAUUCCAAGUCUGAAAGUGUGAGUUUCUCUGGUUGAGACCAAAUCUGAUCUGUUUUACACAAUGUGUUUUCAUACUGCAGUUAUUUAGCAUGUUUUCAAGUUACCAAAGCUUUUCUUUGGGCUGUGGGGCUGGACUAAUACUAAAGCGCUAUGACAAUCAUGGGAUUUAAAGGUCAAUUGUAAAUCGGGACCAGCAGUGUAUUUUUGUAUGUUAUUUGCUUGUAUAACGCUGGCUUUUGAAAAAGUAUUUUUUUUUUCAUGAUGCUGUAAAAGGGAGAGACCAUUGUGCUCAUCUGUUGAAAAUGCUGGUUUAAACACGUGUUAUCCUGUGGUUAAAUAAGGAUUACAGUGAAAACAAUAAAACAAUUAUUGGGA